AAAGGCAUCUCUGGAGGAGUCUCGAGCGAGGAGCUCUGCUGAAGAGAUCUUGAGAAGCCUUAAGGAAACCACGAAGAAGGAGCGUAAGGUCCACCAGGACGCAAUCGGGUCGAGCCGAGCUGAGAAUGAGGCGCUGAAAAAGGUGAGGCGCUGAAAUGCGCGCCCCAACAUUGCCAACAAAGCCUGAAGGAACCACGUGUGAUACAGCAGCACGCCGAAAGAAGUGAAGUUUGUUUGUGUGUUCGAACGCAGCUCAGCAGUUCCUUCUGUGCACAAUGUUCUCAAAGGCAUCUCUGGAGGAGUCUCGAGCUCGGAGCUCGGCUGAAGAGAUCUUGAGAAGCCUUAAGGAAACGGCGGAGAAGGAGCGUCAGGUCCACCAGGACACAAUCAGGGCCCUCCGCAGCCAGCUGGAGGGGAAGACCCAGGAGAUGAAAGAGAUGGAGAGCAGUCUGAAAAAGGAACUGGCUCAGAAGGACGCGGUCAUAAAGAAGGAAUUUGAGAACAGACAGCGAAGAUUAAAACUGGCAGUGGCAAAACAGGUCCAGAUGGACAAAAUGCAGUAUAAUAACACCGCUGCCCAUACGCGUUCGGUGGCGUACCACCAAGCAGAGAUGGCGCUGGCGCGGCAGAGGAGCAAACUUGCGGACGUACACAACAAGCUGGAAGAGAUGAGCAACAAGUCCGCGGUGCAUUCUGGGAAAUCGGAGACGCCCCAGAAACGUCAGGCGGCCCCUCGCGAAACGGAUGGUUCUAGUAACACCGGUAAUCCCUCCUCUACCAAUGGGCAUAGGCCAACUUCUGAUGAACGGGCUGCGGGUCAGGACAGGGACGGGGGACAGCAGGCCGGGGGAUGGACCACCGUGCAAGGUCGCAAAGGUCAACGAAAAAAAGCCCUGCUCCUGACCACCAACAGGAAAGCUUAAAAAAAAGCCCUGCUCCUGACCGCCAACAGGAAAGCUUAAAAAAAAGCCCUGCUCCUGUCCACCAACAGGAAAGCUUAA